AUGAACCAGCAGUCCAAGGUUUCGUUCGUCCAGAUGACCCUCAAGAUCGCCUCCCGCCAGCGCUUCGCAGCGUAUUACAGCCGGGGCGGCGCCGGCGGCGCCGGCGCCGGCGCCAACUCGCGCGGGGCGCUGGCAUCGGGGGACCCGGAUGAGGUGCUGGACGUAGUGGAUCACUGGGUGCUCGAGCGCAAGGUUUUUGAUGACAAGGGGGCCAAGGACAAGAUCGACCCGCCGGGCGCGCGGUGGCGGGUCGUGGCGCGGCUGCAGGUGUAA